AUGAAGGUCCCCCGCCGCGUAUUCGGCUUGCUCUAUCCGCACCAGCGCGACGGCCUCGCCUGGCUCUGGGCGCUCCACUGCAACGCCACCGGAGGGAUCCUCGCCGAUGACAUGGGACUGGGCAAGACCAUCCAGGUUUCUGCAUUGCUGGCCGGCUUAUUCCAUUCCAGUUUGAUCAAGAGAGCGUUAAUUGUUGCCCCAAAGACUGACUUGACACAUUGGGAAAAUCAGCUCUCCCUGCUUGGCCUGCAACGCCACAUUAGAGACUACUCUGGGGCUAGCGCAAACGAUCGCACCUAUCAACUUCACUACACCUUCAAGGAGGGUGGUAUUCUGCUAACAUCGUAUGACAUUGUCCGGAACAAUUACAUGUUGAUAAGAGGCGAUGGGUACAAUGUUAACAAUGUGGAAGCAACAUUUUGGGACUAUGUUAUUCUUGACGAGGGGCACAUUGUCAAGAAUCCUAAGACUCAAAGGGCACAGAGUUUGUUUCAAAUACCUUCUGCGCAUCGCAUUGUUGUCACUGGAACACCUAUUCAGAAUAAUUUAAAGGAUUUGUGGGCUUUGUUUUAUUUCUGCUGCCCAGAUGUCCUGGGCGAUAAGAAUGUGUUCGAACUUAGGUAUGAGAAGCCAAUUCUUCGUGGUAAUGACAACUAUGCUACUGAUCAAGAGAAGCAAGUGGCUUCAGAUGCAGCAAAAGAAUUAAGAUAGCGGAUUAAACCACACUUCCUCCGUCGUAUGAAAAGUGAAAUAUUUAUUCAUACUGGCGCAAAAGAUGAUGAAACGCCACCUCAGAAGAAUGAAUUAGUUAUCUGGUUGAAAUUGACCUCUUGCCAGAGGCGAUUGUAUGAAGCCUUCCUGAAUAGAGAUCUAGUUCAUUCACAAACUGAAACGGUGAAGGGUUCAUCCUUGGAAGCUAUCACGAUUUUGAAGAAAAUUUGCGAUCAUCCUCUACUUUUGACUAAAAGAGGUACUGAUGAUUUCCUGGAAGAUAUGGUUACCAUUCUGAAUAAUCAAGAUAUGUGCAUGGUGGAAAGGAUUCUUGAAGAUAAUCUUUAUUCUGACAAAAGGCUACAGAUUGUCCAAGGUUCCUCCUGCAAGAUAGCUUUUAUCCUGCCCUUACUGAGGAACCUUGUUGAAGAGGGCCACUAUAUUUUGAUUUUCUCACAGACACGCAAAAUGCUUAACCUUAUUCAGGAUGCUCUAUCUAUCGAGGGCCACAAGUUCCUGCGUAUUGAUGGUACCACGAAGGUUUCUGAGAGGAAGAAGAUUGUGAAGGAUUUCCAAGAGGGGUUUGAAACUCCAAUAUUUUUGUUGACCUCACAAGUUGGUGGACUUGGCAAUAUGCUCACCAAGGCAGAUCGGGUUAUAGUAGUCGAUCCUGCUUGGAAUCCAAGUACAGAUAACCAAAACAUUGACCAUGCUUAUCGAAUUGGGCAAACUAAAGAUGUGAUUGUAUAUCGUUUGGUGACUUGUGGGACCAUUGAGGAGAAGAUUUACAAGCAACAGAUCUUCAAGAGAAGUCUUUUUAGGACAGCUACAGAAUGCAAAGAACAACCACAAAUUUAUAACCAGGAUCUUUACCUUCAGGAUGAACAAGAGUUCUCUAGUUUGCGGCCACAGGGGUUUGAUGUCUGUCGCACUCAAUACCAAAUGCAAGUGGGCCACCAUCAGCAGCUUGUCAUUGGUGAUUCCUUGAGGAAGCACAUCCAGUUCGUGGAACGACAAGGUAUAGCUGGUGUGAACCAUCAUGGUGUCCUGCUUCGUAAAACGGAGGCUGCUGCAACUUUGGAUGAUUACGAUGCAACGGACAGGAAGGUGAGAGACAUGAUGGUGAGGCGCUACUAUGCUCCUCGGGAGCACAUUUGUAGCAAUAUCGAGAAAGAGAGCUUGAUGGCUCAAGGGAAGGAUACAGAGAAAGAGGGCUUGAUCGCUCAAGUGAAGGAGACGAGGAAGAAGCUGGAUGGUUUGGGAGAUGCAAUGAGACAGAUUUCUGCUUUGGAGGAGGAGUAUGCAGCCGAGCUCGUUGGAAUGCUCCGUGAAAACAGGUGGGAAAGAAGCCAUCUGCAGAAGAUAAGGGUGCAGAUUGAUGAUCUGCACGAAGAACACAUGGCGGAGUUUGAUGAAGUGCUGGAGAGGAUCGAGAGGAUGGAGCUGGUUGACGAGGGCGAGUUGAUGGCCGAGUUUGGUGAAACGCUGGAGAGGAUGAGGCGGAGAGGCGACAUGGAUGGAGAGCUCGUGUUGAGCCUGCCGCUUCUGUCUUGUACCAUUCUAACGUAGCAUAACAAGGCUUGCAAGACAUAGCUGCGUGUUACUCUACUGCAGGGUUGGUUUAUGUUACCGUGGAGGCACCGUUACUGUCCCUUAGCGGCACUGACAGUUUCUGCACGGUAGCACAAUGUAAAUUCACGUCAAAUUUGAUGAAAAUUUUAAAUUAUUUUUUGAAUGUAGGGCGGUUACUACAUUUUUACCGCUACCGACCAUCUGUGGUAGCGUGGUAUCCGUGGUGACACAUACCUUGAUUCUGUGUAAUAGAAUGUUCAGAUACUUAGCUUUAUUUUAGGACAGAUGGAGUAUGCACUUGCGGCUAGUAUGUGUAUUCCUGAUUUUGAAUGGCGAACGUACUUCUAAUUAAGAAAGAAUUAAUUUAAGGAAUACGAACCUGACUUAGUCAGCAA